CUCUGAAAUAUCUUCGAUUUGAUAUUAUGAGUCAUGUAACUCAUUAUGAGUAAAAAGUUACAACUUCUGGAAAAAUCAGCACCAUCUUAACUUGAAAUAAGCAAAGUUUGAUGUGUGAUGUCGAUUAUAUUCUUCAAUUAAAAAAUAAAAUAUUUUAUUCAGUCAUUAGUUGUGUGAACAUUAUGAUACAUUACAUAUAUAUCAAUACAUUAACCGAAAAAGACUCAUUAAACUACCAUUCAUUUCAGCUACAUACGAACCAUUUAACUCAAAUAUUGUAUAAUAACCAGUGGCGGAUCUAACAUGUAUGUUUUGGGUGUUCAAAACUCAAUUAAAAAUUAAAAUGAAAUACUCAUAUUAAUUAAUAAGUUAAUUAGUAGAUGAGUUUUUUUAACCCUUGUUGUUAUUAACACCAAUAAGUAAAGAAAGAAUGUUUUACCGCUCCAAUAAUAACUUAAAAAAAAUUAUGCCAAACCAAUGAUAAAUUAAGAAAAAAAGUCAAUAAAGUAAACAAAAAAACACUGCCAUACGCCCAUACCAAUAACUUGAGCAAAAGACAUACAACCACUAAACAAGGCCCAACAAAUGACGUCACAUACUCACAUGCGCUACUGUGUCCCUCAUCCAAUUCUUUAUUCAUCGAGAAAAUAGAGGGAAGGACGGGUUAAAAAGCUUGGAGCUUCGUUUCUAAAACCCAGAUGAACAAAACGAUGACGUUUGAUAUAAAAUUUGAAGUUUUUGGGUGUUCACAUGAACACCCUUGAACAGCACCAGCUCCGCCACUGAUAAUAACUAUCUAUCAUUUUGGUACUGUAUAUAAUUAAAUUCCGACCCCACUCACACAUUUUUCUGCCUCCUUCCCUGUGUAUAUGUGUGUGCAUGCAGUAUGCAUAUAUAUUUUUAUAUUUUUAUAUAGUGAAUACACUACUUCAGUACUUCUAUUAAAAAAAAGUAUGUACGUACGUAUAAGCACAACUGUACAGAUAUGCGUGAAGUCAUUGGCGGAGCCAGACAUUUAGGGUUAAAGGGGCCGGUCCUUAACAAUUUUACAUUGCAGGGGCCAAAGUGUAAAAUAUCAACAUACUUUCUACAGAUUAAAAGUAUUUAUACAUAAUAUAUACUAAAGAAUUUUUUUUCUUGCAGGGGCCGUGACCACCUCCAACCCCUCCCCGUCUCCACCCCUGCGUGAAGUAUAAGAAUACGUAUACUGAAUACGUGUUGAAAUAUUAAGAACCCAAUAUAAUUAUAUAAAAUAAUUAAAAACCAUAAAGGAAAAAACUGAAAAAAAAAAACAAAAUAGAAAUAAUCAAAUAAACUAGAAGUCUAAAUACUUUUUAUGGUGUUUAUAUUAAAGUGAGGCACUCAUUCUUCGUAUUGAUAAACAUCAAAGGAUUAAAGAAGCCAGAGUAGUAAACGGUGUUAGUUACUACGUUAGUGGGUGGACAAUAUGCCCUUAAAAGGUUAAAUAUUGACAAUUUUGCUCUACAAAUAACCUUAGUGUCUUAUAUGCUUCUUUAUAUAAACUUUAAUGGUCUAUAUGCUCCUUUUCCCUUUCCCUUUAUGCUAUGUAGUGUUGGUGGAUUGUAUAUGUAAUGGCAGUAUGGCACAAUGUUUUGCAUGGUUGAUGCAAUGCAAUGUUUUGUGAAGUUGUUGGUAUAAAAAUGUACACAGAUUAGUUCUGUCACAUUUUUAGAUUUUUGUCUUUUCAUUAUCUGGAAAAAUAGUUGAUUGGUGUAUGUGGUUAGAAUUAAAUGUAUUUAUGCCACAUUUUUGGCAUGGUACCAUUAUAUAUCGGAAAGGAAUUAAGUAAGUUAUUAAAACACAAUACAUUAGGUCAAAAUUAAAAUCGGAUUCAUCAGCUAAAACCAUUAUUAGUAUCAUACUAAUCAUUAAUUUAAGGGAAAACUAUCAAAUAAGCCCCGUACUAUAUCGAAAAAAGUCAAUUAGGCCCCCGUACUUUAGAAUCAUGCAACUAAAUCCUCGAACUAUUAGAAAACGUUCAAUCAAGCCUCAUAGUCAGUAUGUAAUCAGUUUCGAAGUUAAACGUACAUGUGGCAUCCACGUGGAAAUAUUUUUCUUUUCCCUUAUAUUUUUUCCUUUUCUUUUUCUUUUUGUUGUUAUCUUUCUCUUCGUAGAUCCGUUCGCAGCAAUACUUCCGAGCUUGCCAGUUGCCACCAGCGCCAGGGCCGGCCCAGGGCAUGGCUGCCCAGUGCGACCGCACAGGGCCCGGAUUUUUAAGGGCCCAAACAAAAAUUUAGUAUUACGCUUAGCCCAAAAUCCCCCUGCGUAAAUCUAAAUAUGCUUGAAGAAUGUCCCUUUUUAAAUAAAUUGGUCUACAUUUCUUCGGGACCGGCUCUAACCAGGGCCGAAGACUCCGUCCACCGUCUCCAGUGAAAUCUGACGCCAUUGUUGGGGUUCGAGCAUAUUGUCGCCGUUCGUUGCCAUCGUUCACAUUUACAAGCUUCUCCGGCGUUGGGGGCAUCACCACUGUCCUUUCUCAGUUUUUCUCGCCGGCAAAUUUUUAUUUAUAUAUUGUCGCCGUUGCUUUUCUUUGAAGUGGUGAGAAGAUGUCUCAGCAGCUCCAUUUCUCCGUUGCAACCUUGCAGGUGCCUUGCUGGAUGGCGGCAGAUAAAUUUUCCGGAGAACAGAAACCGGCGAGUAAAGCAAUAUGGAGAAGAAGAAUAAAUCGGACCGAAAGAAAGCUAGAAAGGAAGAAAGAAAUACAGAGUAUUUUGCAGAUGUUGGAGAAGAAUAAACUGUACUGGAUGUCCGGAUGGAAGAAAGCUACUCCCUCCGUCCCUUAAAACUUUGUCAACUUUCCUUUUUUGGAUGUCCCACUAACUUUGCCACUUUCCAUUUUAAGUAAAGAAUUUGUGGUUCCAGUUAAUUCUCUCUUCUCCGCACAAACCUCAACCACACAGUUUUUACUUUAUUAAUCCCCGUGCCGGUCAAACUUGGCAAAGUUUUGAGGGACGGAGGGAGUAGAAAGGAAGAAGGAAAUAAUAUUUGCAAUCCGGGAACUUGGGAAGAAACGGAGAAGAAAGGAAACGGGAGAAAAAAGGAAGGAAAGAAAAAGGGAAAAGAAAAAGGAAGAAUAGGAAAUAAAAGAGGGGGGCGGGGGAUGCCGACGCCACAUAUACAUUUAACCGGAAGAAUCGUUUGGUGGUCUGAAGAUGUUGGCUUUCGUAAUGUGGAGGUGGAUGUUUCCUCUUCCAAAAUGAUGGAGAUGGGUAGAUCCAAUAUUGACUUUAUGUCUAAGGGCCUGUCCUUUAAUAUUAUUUCGGCCCAGAUAGGCUACGAGAAUUGAAGCACCUCCGGCCUGCACCAUGGGUUUAUCUUCCAGAUCAAUGACUUUCGGCUCCGCUCCUCCAUGGUUUUGGCAUUCCAGAUCGACGGCUUGUUGAACGGCUUCUCCAUUUCAUCUAAAGGAACCGGGAACCGAACCGUUAUAACCCGUUUCGGUUCGGUUCCUACAAAUGAGACAUUAAUUGUUAACGGUUCGGUUCCUAGAUGUUGUUAACGGUUCGGUUCCAAUCGGUUCUACGGUUUCCGGUUCCAAAAUCCCACCCCUAGUCCAAAGUGUUUGAACCGGUCGAAUUCAUCCGGUUUACCACUCAUCUCUCAGCCACAUGGUCGUACGGCUUCUCUCCGCUUCCAUCUCCUCUUCCCCUGAUGUCGGACGCAGUCUACACCACGCCGUUCGUCUUAUAUCCCGAGUGAAUUGAUCAAGCGUACAGGGUGUAGUUGAGGCUUUCUUGCCGACCAAAUCUGGAUCCUUGUUCAUCACUCAUCUUUUUGAAUCUGAUUGAUGACGGGAGUUUGGGUGGAAGGAGAUGGUCCUCCUGGUAAAGGGUUGACAAUACGCAAGAACAAAAGACAUAAGACAAGGUUCCAUGAAGAUGCUGAUGAUAGGAAUGACACACACAGUGGUUUAGUGCAGACUGUUUUUCAUACACAUCAGCAACAACCUCUGGCCCAUGCGGUCCGUUGGGAGCGUUUUCUGCCUCUUAAGGUUUUGCUUGUGGAAAAUGAUGAAUGUACUCGUCAUGUAGUUAGUGCACUGCUUCGAAACUGCAGUUAUGAAGUUACAGCUGUUGCAAAUGGAGUUGAUGCAUGGAAUGUUUUAGGUGAUUUAACCAACCACAUAGAUUUGGUUCUAACAGAAGUAGCUAUGCCAUAUUUGUCAGGCAUUGACCUGUUAUCAAAGAUUGUGAACCACAAAACUCACAAGAGUGUCCCCGUGAUCAUGAUGUCAUCAAACGAUUCUAUGGGAGUAGUGUUCAAGUGUUUGUCAAAGGGUGCAGUGGACUUUUUAGUGAAGCCUAUUAGAAAGAAUGAGCUUAAAAAUCUCUGGCAACAUGUUUGGAGGAAAUGCCACAGUUCAGGUGGCAGUGGUGGCAGUGGCAGUGAAAGUGGUAUACGUAUCCAAAAGUCCACGAAAUCUAAAAGCAAUGGAGGUUCAAGCAAUAAUAGUGAUGACAAUGAUGAAAAUGCAAGUGAUAAUGGAAGUGGCACACAGGUCUCCUUCGCAUCUGCAGAUACUAUGCAGAAAAUGGUUCGUGGUCAAAUCAGGCUGUUGAAACGGAAAACCCUCAGGCCAUGUUGCAAUGGGAUGAAUUAGCUGAAGCCCCUAACAGCAAUUGUGCUCAGGCUAUUCAUUCAAGGCCACAAGCAGACAUUUCAAACUGGGGUCCUGGAAUUUCUGCUGGAGAGCACCGAGAUGAGAAAGAUGGACAUGGAACUGCGUCAAUGGGAAAGUAUUUGCAGAUAGGAGUAGCAAGGACCCCAGAUUUACAGCUUAGUGGAGAGAAUGGGUCAAAAGACUUCAAUAAGUUAUUGAUUGGAAAGCUAGAGGAGCUUAACACAGCUGAGUUAAAGGGCAAGAAUAAUACUGACAUUGAUGUUUCCACCGGUCCAUCCAAGGAAAUAGGCACGACAAAGGAUAUGCCUUCACUUGAACUUAGUUUGAAGCAACACAGAGAAGUUGUAGAUGCUGGAGCCGCACUGCAAGAACGCAACGUGCUGAGGCAUUCGGACCAAUCUGCAUUCUCAAGGUAUGGUGGUGGUACUACUACUACAUCAACAUCUGCUAACCCUCAGGCAACUGCUGGAAAUGUCGGAAGCUGCUCUCCUGUUAAUGAUGAUGAUGAUGAUAAUUAUAAUAAUAAUAAUAGCUCUGUAGGAGCAAAAGCAGGAUCAAUGAAUAACUUAAAAAGCAUGCCCAAUCAGCGUUCUAGUGGUGGUAGUAACAACAUUGAUAUGGGCUCAUCAACUGGUAAAAGUUUAGCCCAGCCAUCAAAGAUCCCUUUUGGAAAAGUUGAUUCAGUAGCACAAGCAGCAUUGGUACAGUCAAGGGUGUUGAUGCAACAGCAACAGGUUCAAGUUCAGCACCACUACCAUCAUUACCAUCACCAUCAUCACCAUGUGCACAGUCAGCAACAGAAUGGCUCUUUGCCUGUUAGAGAAAAUGGUGUGGAUGAUCCAAACGGCAUGCUAGGGGAUGAAGAAAACUACACAAGUGCAUCUUGGAGUAACAAUGGAAGCAAUGGGCAGAACGAGAGCAACGCAGGUGUAGUUGGUGAUGAAACUAACAACAACAUGGAUUCUGAAGAUGAUGAGAUGGGUGCAAAAUGCACAGCUGAGGGUGGCGAUGGGAGUGGUAGCGGGAGCAGGAGCGGAGUGAUGGACCAAAGCCGACAAAUGCAAAGGGAUGCUGCCUUGUACAAGUUCAGGCAAAAACGAAAAGAGAGGAACUUUGACAAAAAGGUUCGGUACCAAAGCAGGAAGAGAUCGGCGGAACAGAGGCCACG